CAUAUAACAAAAUCAAAAUGCACACAUAAUGGAGACGCUCGCACCUGAGUCCCUGAGCAAUCCUGAUAGCUAGAGCUAGAGGCGCCAUUGCUGAAGCAUUUAAGCAUGGCUUCAAGCUCAGCAAGGGAGGGUGGUGCUGGCGAGAGCUUACGGAAUUCCUGCAGCGACUUCGCCAGGAGCCUGGCGAGGCUCCCGGGUAGCAUCGUGGAAGGGCUGUCAAGGUCCAUAGCUCGCCGGGCUCCGAGGAGUCGUCCCCGGAGCAUCCAGGUUCACCAGCAGCAACCUCCACAACAAGGGCCUCCACCCCCUUUUGUGCCAGAGGAGCUGUUCUUCUUCAGCACGUUUGAGCAGCAGUACGGCAACUACCAUCCGUUCUUCUACGGGUGCCGUUUCAGCGAGGUCCUGGGGAUUGCCCAGAGAGAAGGCAAGUAUGUCUUCGUGUACCUCCAUCACCCUGAUCACCCGUACACCGAGCCGUUCUGCCGGAGCACGCUGUGCUCGGACGUGGUGGUGGAAUUUCUCGAUGCAAACUUUGUGUCCUGGGGAGCAGUCAGUAACAGAGGAGAAGGGAUGGGCAUGGUUGCAUCGCUGCAGCCCGGUAGCUUCCCAUUCUGUGCCGUUGUCGGUCCAGUCUCCAAUGAAAGCAUUACAGUCCUACAACAGGUAGAAGGGCCAGUUACACCGUCAGAGCUCGUGGAGAUUUUACAGAGAACCAUUGACGAGCAACGUGCGGCUUUUAGACCCUCAAGGGCUGCUGAUGAGGAAGCUGCAGCAUUUAGAGCCUCUAGGGCUGAGGAAGAAGAGAGGAGGAGGUCGGCUCUACGGCUAAGACAAGAGCAGGAUGCAGCUUACCUCGAGUCACUUCGGAAGGACCAGGAAAAAGAAAGAUCCACGAAGAGCCUUCAUCAGGAGGGAAUCACAAAGCCAAAGGCAAGCCCGAAAUAUCCUGGACAAGCAGCAAGAGAAACUACUACCAAGACAUCUCAGAUUAGAGCACCUGGGCAUCAGGGAACUGCACCUUCACAUAGAACAGAAGCAAAUACGAAGAUAAUGAUAAGAUUUCCCAACGGUGAGAGAAGGCAGCAGAGCUUCCAUCACACAGACACAAUAAGGGAAAUCUACAAGUAUAUCAAUUCCUUGGCCAUACCAGGCAUAGGCAAUUAUCAACUUGUAAGAAGCUACCCAAGAAAAACUUACGGACAUCAGCAGCUCCUGGUGACUCUUCAGGAUGCAGGUUUCCAUCCAAGUGUGACACUCUACAUUGAGCAACUUCAGUAAACAUGUUAUACAUCAGUAAACUGAAUACAAAUUGAUCGAAUGAUGUAAUAGAAAUAAUCUGAAGAUAUGUGUGCAAAUUAUCUUUACAAACGUUGUUGCAUGCACA